GACAGGGGAGUCCUACUGCAUAGACGAGAUUAACAACCUUAUGGAUUGCUCCAGGACCCCCGAUCCCACAGCUUGCGCGAAGGAGUUUUUCCUUUUCCGCGAGUGCAACCGGCCGGAUGGACCGCACAUGCUCAUAGAGGAACACCUGGACAAGUACAACGUUAGCAGCGCCACCAUAGGGCCAGUGGACGCCCCAGAAAGGGUCAAUUCCAACACGGCGGCAUUUCUGGAAAAAAUGAAAGAAACUUUGCACUUAAAAAAUUUUAAGGAAAAAUUUGUUGCGUACAAGUGGUG